UCUCGAUGAGCGCUUGCAUUUCUCUCGUGAGUGAAAAAGAAAGAGAGAGAGAGAACUAGUGGCUGGUAUUCCGGGAGAGGGGGUAUAUUGUCAUUCUCCCUGUUUAUACUUGCCCCCUUAUCCUGGUAACUACUCGUACACUAAAAUGGACGGGGAAAGGUCCGGUGGCGUAGCGGGCGGAACGAGCCCGAAUCCUGGAGGAGGGAGCGGCGUGGGGCGCAAUCCGAACGGGCCGAAAGCUGUGUCGGGGCCAGCGACGGCAGCAGCAGCGGCCGCCGCGGCUGCAGCUGGGGCGAUGGCCGGUUCCUCUCAGCCACGGGAGCCGCAGGACGGCGAAGCGGGCCUCUCGCUGCCAGGGAUUUUGCACUUCAUCCAGUAUGAGUGGGGACGCUUCCAGGCCGAAAAGUACCGCUGGAAAGCUGAGAGAGACGAACUCUUGGCACAGGUGGCCUUCCUGCAGAGUGAGAGGAAAGGCCAGGAGAACAUGAAGCAGGACCUGGUGCGCAGAAUCAAGAUGUUGGAGUAUGCGCUCAAACAGGAGAGAGCCAAGCACCAGAAACUGAAGGCAGGCAAUGAGCAGAACCCUGGAGAGAAGAAACCAGAGACAGAGUCUGAGCAAGUUCCCAAUGGACCAGCAGAGCCUGACUCAGAGCCAGCCAAUCAGAUGUCUUGGAAGGAGGGGCGUCAACUGCUGCGCAAGUAUCUGGAGGAGGUGGGCUACUCGGACACCAUCCUGGACAUGCGCUCCAAGCGGGUGCGCUCUCUCCUGGGCCGGAGCAGUCCUGAGGCCAAUGGGCCGCCGCCAGAACCAGAACCGCACGGAGCGGGGGAGUCCCUGCUGGUCCGACAGAUCGAAGAACAGAUCAAGAGGAAUGCUGGGAAGGAGAGCUCGAAGGAGCGCAUGACUGGCUCAGUGCUGGACAAGCUGCCGUUCCUGCACGGCUGUGAGGAUGAGGACGAGGACGACAGCGACGAAGAAGACGACUUCCAGGGCAUGGCCACUGACUGCAUCGAUGGACCGCGCAAGAAUAAGAAGCCCAGAGUCAAGCUGGGCGCAGAGCCCAUGACGGCUGACCUGGACCCCGAGGAUGAGGAGGAUGAAGAUGACUCAGAGGACGCCCUGAGCGAGUUUGACUUCCUGGGGUCGGGGGAGGAGGGCGAGGGAGCAGGGGAGGCCCGGAUCUCCGGGGACGGCCGGGAGUUGGAGAACCGCAGGAACAAGCUGCAGGGCAUGAUGUCUGAUUUCCCCUCCAAACCCUCCCCGCCCCCCACUGUCCCGGGACAGUCUCGUUCUGGUGAAGGGGGUGCUCUCGGCUUCUCCUCAGAUGUCUUCAUCCUGGACACAGUGGCGGGCGGAGACAUAAACCUUGGCGAGCUGGCUGACCUCACCGUUGCCAAUGACAAUGACCUCACCAUUGAUCUGCAGGACAGCCGGGAGGAGUUCAAGAAGACGUGGAACCCGCGCUUCACACUGCGCAGCCACUUUGAUGCCAUUCGCGCGCUGACCUUUCACCCCAGCCAGGCCGUGCUGCUGUCGGCCUCUGAAGACGGCACGCUCAAACUGUGGAACCUCAACAAAGCCAUGCACUCCAAGAAAAAUGCAGCGCUGGACUUUGAGCCUAUCUACACCUUCAGAGCCCACAGUGGGGCGGUGCUGUCCCUGGCCAUGGGGGAGGAUGGCGAGUCAUGUUUCAGCGGGGGCUUAGAUGGCUCUGUCCGUUGCUGGAAGAUUCCUGAUCUCAACGUGGACCCCUACGACAACUACGACCCGGGGAUUGAGAGCAGUGUUCUGGCGGGACAUGAGGAUGCCGUUUGGGGCCUGGCGUACUCUGUCCCACACCACCGCCUGGCCUCCUGCUCUGCUGAUGGGACGGUACGCAUUUGGGACCCCCAGAACUCCGCCCCCUGCCUCUCUGUUUUCAACAAGGAGAAGGAGCACGGGACCCCGACUUCGGUGGCCUUCGUCAACUCUGCCCCCUCCCAGGUAGUGGUGUCCUUUGACAGCGGUGAGACGCUGCUGUACGACCUUAACACAGAGCAAAGCAUCAUGACCCUGGAGACCCAGACCAAGGAGGGCAGUGAGCUGAUUAACCGUGUGGUCAGCCACCCGUGUCAGCCCAUCUCCAUUACUGCCCACGAGAACCGCACCAUCCGAUUCCUUGACAACCAGACGGGUAAAGUGAUUCACUCAAUGGUGGCUCACCUGGAUGCGGUCACCUGCCUGACGACUGACCCCAAAGGCACAUACCUCAUCUCCGGCAGCCACGACUGCUCGGUGCGGCUGUGGACGCUGGACAACCGGACGUGCGUGCAGGAGAUCACGGCCCACAGGAAGAAGCAUGAUGAGGCGAUCCACGACGUGGCCUUCCACCCCUCCCAGCCGUUCAUCGGCAGCGCCGGAGCCGAUGCCCUCGCCAAAAUCUUCGUCUGAGGGCUCCUUUCCCCUCCCCCUCACAGCAGCAGGAAUGGGAUGACAUGGCAUUACCAGAAAUCUCCCUCACACACACACACACACACACACCCUACUUCUGCAUACCCACUACACUCUAGCCGGUCAGUUUGAUAUCAAUAUUACUGCUUUUACUACUACCAGUGUUACUGCUACUAUUACAAGUAAGAGGUCUGCUGCACUACUGGCUAACUUCUUUUCAGCUGAAUCAUUGCUCAAGGUGUCAGAGCACUGCGUGUCCUACCUACCUACUGAUUGUCCUCACACUACAGGGUAGAGAGAGAGAAAGAUGGUAGGGACUUCCUAAACACGGAAACAGAGGGUUGGACACAAGGGCUUAGACACCCAGAUAAGAGCCUGUGUUGGGAGAUGAGAUGUUGAGAUUGCCAGGUGCAGUCGUCAGUAAGUGUUGCUAAAUGCCUGCUGCAAAUGCACCCCUUUACACCCUGUGGUUGUAGUAAGCAGCCUAAAGUGUAAAGAAAAGGAACAUUUCAUUCCAAAGCCUGUUGGUCAAUACUGAAAGCUCUUCUCAGCCAGUACUGGGGAAACAAAACAGCCUUAGUCAAAGACAUGCUGCCAAAACACAAAACCUGAAUGUUUAUGCCGAAAAUCUCAGUCCCAUAUUUCACAGGAGGGGCAGGUUGGAACAGAUCGACCCCCAGGUUGAAAGAGAGUGGGCAGGGAUUGGUAGAGGGAAGGAAGAGUACAGGGCGGGGCCACUAAAACCACAUCCAUCUCCUCGCCCCUAUGCCCAUCUGCCUCUCGGAAGUACAUUUCCCUAGCUGAACCUGCCCACCCACACAAGCCCCAGGCAAUUCUGCUCGAACAGUCGAUCUAGGAUCAGCUCAGUCAGCCCUGAUCCUGACUCCAACCAUUUCUUGUUAAAAGCUAAAUCUGAUCCUAGGUCACUGUAUUGGAGCAGAAUUCAUCUUCACAAGCCCAUGGUGUCGGCUCAUUUUUC